AUGCAGGCUGACCCUCCUCACAGGGACCAGCCCUCACCUCACCAGCCCCGGGCAUACACCUCUAAUGACUCUCCUUAUUCCCUCUCUCCCUUGUGCCUCCUGCUCCCGGCUCUCCAGAAGAGGCGCCAGAAGAAGAACCUGCCGUAUGUACCUCCUUGUCUAACCCUCUCCUCUCUCUCCCCACCAUUGUGCACGUGGCCCACGUCUCCUGAAGAAGUCCAAGAAGAAGAAGAGGUUCAAGAAGAUGCCACUGAGGAGGAGCUGGGGGAGAAUGAAGAAGAGGAGAAGCCAAGACCCAAACUCACUGCUCCUAAGAUCCCGGAAGGGGAGAAAGUAGAUUUCGAUGACAUCCAGAAGAAGCGUCAGAACAAAGACCUCAUGGAGCUCCAGGCUCUCAUUGACAACCACUUCGAAGCCCGGAAGAAGGAGGAGGAGGAACUGAUAGCUCUCAAAGAAAGAAUUGAGAAGCGCCGGGCAGAGAGAGCAGAGCAACAGCGGAUCCGGGCCGAGAAAGAGCGGGAGCGUCAGAACAGACUGGCGGAGGAGAAAGCCAGGAGGGAGGAGGAGGAUGCCAAGAGAAGAGCUGAGGACGAUCUGAAAAAGAAGAAAGCAUUGUCCUCCAUGGGUGCCAACUACAGCAGCUACCUGGCCAAGGCUGACCAGAAGAGAGGCAAGAAACAGACCGCCCGGGAGAUGAAGAAGAAGAUCCUGGCUGAGAGGCGCAAGCCACUCAACAUUGAUCACCUCGGUGACGACAAACUCAGGGACAAGGCCAAGGAACUCUGGGACACCCUGUACCAGCUUGAAACUGACAAGUAUGAGUUUGGAGAGAAGCUGAAGCGUCAGAAAUAUGAUAUCACCACCCUCCGAAGCCGUAUCGACCAGGCUCAGAAACAUAGCAAGAAGGCUGGUGCCACUGCCAAGGGCAAGGUCGGCGGCCGCUGGAAGUAA